AUGGAAGAUAUUGGCACUGGCAGCAAUAAUGGAAAGAAAAGAAAGUUACAUGAGAUGAAAGAUUAUAAUGAUUUUACUAAAGAAGAACUGAUAUUCCGAGUCAAACAACUGGAAAAACAUGUCUUCCAACUUAGAAACAUCAUCAGUAAGCAAGAUGACAAUCAACAAGUCAAAAAGAAACGAGAACAAAAACCAUUUGACUUUAGACGUUAUAACACACGACAUGUUGCACUGCGUUUUGUGUAUUUAGGAUGGGACUAUCAUGGCUUUGUCAUUCAAGAAGAUUCUGAAAAAACUAUUGAAAAUUAUUUAUUUGAGGCUUUGUUAAUAUUAAAAUUAAUCGAAUCACGAGAAACAUCAAAUUAUCAUCGGUGUGGUCGUACUGAUAAAGGUGUUAGUGCUUUUGGACAAGUUAUUUCAAUUGAUUUACGGACAAAUUUACUAGAAGGGGUAGGGGUAAAAGUUCGAGAGGAUGGGACUGCUAGUUCGAGAUCUGGUGAUUGUACUACUGAAAUUGAUUAUGUGAAAAUUAUCAACAAGUUGUUACCCAAAGAAAUCAGAGUAUUAGCUUGGGCUCCGGUACCUGAAGAUUUCAGUGCUAGAUUUAGUUGUAUUCGAAGAACUUACAAAUAUUACUUUCCAAAAGGACAUCUUAAUGUUGAUGUAAUGUAUAAAGCUAGUCAGAAACUCCUAGGGGAACAUGAUUUCCGUAAUUUGUGCAAAAUGGAUGUUAAUAAUGGAGUAGUAGAAUAUAUUCGAAACAUUGCUUCAACAGAUUUAAAAGUGUUUGAGUCAGCUGAUGGUUAUAAUAUGUGUGAAUUGACAGUGGCAGGAAAGGCAUUUCUAUGGCAUCAAAUAAGAUGUAUUGUUGGAGUGUUGAUAUUAGUUGGACAAGGAAAGGAGGAUCCUAGUAUAAUAGAUGAACUAUUAGAUAUAGAAAAACAUCCAAGGAAACCUCAAUAUAAUAUGGCGUCUUAUAUACCCUUGGUUCUUUUUGACUGUCAAUAUGAGGAUGUAGAGUGGAUCUAUAGUGAAGAAUCCCAUAUCAAUAAUAUAAAGCACCUUCAGGAUAUGUGGUCUCAGAAUUCCAUCAAGACAACCAUGAUCAAGAGAAUGUUAGAUUCUUUGGGUGAAAAACAAAUACAGAACUCUAGCGGUACGAUUCCAUGUCCUAAAUUACCUAUUCAAAGUAAUUGGCUCAUUGACAUAAAAGAUUCUAAACAUAUACCAUUGUUGACAAGACCAACUUCAGAAAGUUUAGAAGAAAAAGUGAAAAGUGCAAAAAUGAGAAAAUUACAGAAUUGA